GGCGAGGUUCUCAGACAAUCCAGCUGCUGGCUGGACAGAUGUGCUCUGAGGAACAGGCAGGGCGAGUGCUGCUUUCCGCAGAGUUCAAAGUCCAGGCCGAUGUGUCUCCUUGGGCCAGCCCAGCUCACACCCAGACAGGCCAAGGGAGAGAAGCUGGAGGAGGCAGUGCCUCGGAUCACUGGGCACACGGGGCGCCAGGCCAGGAAGUUCUGCUCAAGCCCAUGGCCAGGAGCACCCAGAUAGAAAACCUGCAGUGUCGGCCACAGCUCCCGGAGAAGCGCGUGGCUCCCAGGAAGUGAGCCCCAAAGAUGAGGCUCCUCAAGCUGCUCCUUUUCCUGGCCCCCUGGGGAGUCACCCGAGCUGAAGCAGGGAAGUUCUGGCACAUCUCUGACCUGCACCUUGACCCUGACUACAAGGUCUCCGAAGACCCACUCCAGGUGUGCCCAUCAGCUGGCUCCCAGCCGGUGCCCAGCGCAGGUCCCUGGGGCGACUACCUCUGCGACUCUCCCUGGGUCCUCAUCAAUUCCUCCAUCUACGCCAUGAAGGUGAUCGAGCCGGAGCCAGACUUCAUCCUCUGGACGGGUGAUGACACACCUCACGUGCCCAACGAGAGACUGGGAGAAGCAGCGGUGCUGGGAAUCGUGGAGCGCCUGACCGGGCUCAUCAGAGAGGUCUUUCCAGAUACCAAAGUCUACGCUGCUUUGGGAAAUCAUGACUUUCACCCCAAAAACCAGUUCCCGGCAGGGAGCAACAACAUCUAUGAUCGGGUAGCAGAACUGUGGAGACCCUGGCUCAGUAAUGAAUCCAUCGCUCUCUUCAAAGAAGGGAUCCUUCAGAUUCUCCCUGGCUGUGACACCUUAGGUGCCUUCUAUUCUGAGAAGUUGCCGGGACUGAGUGGGGCUGGGCGAAUCGUGGUCCUCAACACCAAUCUGUACUACAGCAGCAAUGAGCAGACGGCUGGCAUGGCAGACCCUGCCCAGCAGUUCCGGUGGCUGGAAGAUGUGCUGACCCGGGCAUCCCAAGCUAAGGAGAUGGUGUACAUUAUUGGCCACGUGCCCCCGGGCUUCUUCGAGAAGACGCGGAACAAAGCGUGGUUCCGGGAGGGCUUCAAUGAGGAGUACCUGAAGGUGGUCCGGAAGCACCAUCGAGUCAUCGCAGGGCAGUUCUUCGGGCACCACCACACCGACAGCUUCCGGAUGUUCUACAGUGAUGCAGGUGCUCCCAUCAGUGUCAUGUUCCUUACCCCUGGAGUCACCCCAUGGAAAACCACCUUACCUGGAGUGGUCAACGGGGCCAACAAUCCAGGCAUCCGGGUAUUUGAAUAUGACCGAGCCUCACUGAGCCUGCAGGACAUGGUGACCUACUUCGUGAACCUGAGCCAGGCGAACGCGCAGGGGACCCCGCUCUGGGAGCCAGAGUACCGGCUCACCGAGGCCUACGGGGUGCCCGACGCAGGCGCCCGCUCCAUGCACGCGGCGCUGGGCCGCAUCGCCGACGACCCCGGCGCGCUGCAGCGCUACUACGUCUACAACUCGGUCAGCUACGACCGCGAAGCCUGCGGCCCGGCCUGCCGCGCCGAGCACUUGUGCGCGCUGCGCGAGGUGGCCUUCGACGCCUACGCCGCCUGCCUGCGCGCCCCCGGCGCCGCGCCCGCGCCCCAGCUCGCGCUCCUGCUCGCGGCGCUGCUGGGCCCGCGCGCACUGCUCGCGCUGCUCGCGCCCUGACCCCGGGCCACGCCGCCACACGUGCCCGGCGGCCGCAGCGGGAACCGGCGUGGAGCAGCCGGAUCAGGAAUGGAAGCGCCCAAGACCUCCCCCCACCCCAGCGCAUGUUUUUCUUUCCAAGUUUCAUCCAAAAAAACAAUGCGCCUCUUA